AUGACCAGUGAUCGCUCCUCCUUCCUGCUCAGUGUGGAUCCUACUGCUGUCAGCCAGAUGGUGAUCACCAGCUCAGACCGGGGGACAUCAGUGGAUAUCUUCCUCUCAGGGGAUGUGCUUUUUGAAGGCAAUGUGUACCCCAGAAUCGGGGAGAUAUCGGGGGCUGGGGGCUGCUCUGAGUGGUGUUACCGCUCUGCCGCUGUCACCAUGUGCUGCGAGUCAGCAUCUUGCCCCGAGGGAGAGAGCUCCACCCUUCUUAACAAUACUUGGGGCUGUGCAAAGAAAGAUAUUGAUGAUAAAAUCUGUGAAAAUGGUGAGGCUUGUGGUGUCCAGAGCCAACCUCGGCAAGCUCAGUGUUGGAUACUGGGAGGCGACCACUUCUACACAUUUGAUGGAAAGGUGUUUGAAUUCCUAGGAAACUGUACCUACACUCUGAUCCAUUUAUUGAAGGACACCAGGGAGAAUAUGACAUUUUGGGUCGAGGUACAGAAAGACAGGACACCCAAAGAGGCUUCCUCUCUUAAAGCUAUUCAUGUUAACGUGGCUAAAGACAAUAUUACAAUCCACAGAGGGGAACAUGCUUGGAUAAAUGGCGAGAAAAGGCUACCUGUGACUCUACAGUUUGGACUUGUGAAGAUUUAUCAGAGUGGCAGCCUGCCCUGCCACCUGUGAGGACCCAUUCAGUUCAAGACCCUGCACCCUAGCUUGUGUGGAGACCUGCCAGUGUGAUCCAGGGUUCAUCUUGGAUGGUGACACCUGCAUGCCCUUGUCCCAGUGUGGCUGCACUCAAAAUAGCUACCAUUACAACAGCUACAAGACAUUCUGGGCUGAUGAAGGAUGCACUGUUAAGUGUGUUUGUGACCCCUACACCCAUCAGACGCAGUGCCAUUUGGAUUCUUGUGGCCCUGAUGAAUACUGUGGUCUUCAAUAUGGAGUCAGAAGCUGUGUCCCCCAUCAUUGAUGUCAUCCAGGUUCAUGUACAGACAGAUGGACACCUAGAGUCAGCACAUCAUGUCCUGGUCAAUGUGAGUGGUGUGCUUGUGGAGCUAAACAGCAAAAACACUGAGAGCAUAGAGGUGAGUGCUUGUAUCCUCUCGUUGAUUUGCAUUCUUUUAAUUGUCAUGUCACACAAAGUCGUUGUUUACACACUGCAUUGGUCAUAAAUCAUAUUAUAAUUAAACCAGACUUCACAGAGAUUACUUUUAAUGUGUUGUCCUGUGCUGAUUUUCAAAUGCAAUUUUGGCCCCCCCUACAGGUUGAUGGUGUUAAGAGGAACAUGCCCUAUCACUUCAGCCCUACUGCACUGGCUUUCUCUCUGGUGCUGCACACUUACAUCUACACAGACAUGGGCUUUGAAUUGAGUCUUAGCAAAGAGGGCAUAGUCUCUCCAGUAAAUAUGCUAAUGCCGCUUGUGGUCUGUGUGGUAAAUUCAACUCUAAUCCUGAGGAUGACCUCACAGCAAAUGGCCCAAAGGAGCGUCUCAGUCCCGAGCAUUUUGGAAAAGCUUGGAGAAGUGGGCAGAAUGCUUGGUGUGUGUGGAGGGCUGUCUAGGAGGAAGUUGUCAAAAAUGUUCAUCUGAGCGUCUGGCCCGCUUCUCUGACCCGGAGGAUUGCGGGAAGAUUUUGGAAGUAAAUGGACCAUUUAGACACUGUCAUGGCAAAGUGGACCCCUCCAGCUUUUACAAGCGUUGCGUCGGUGACCUGUGUCUUCAUGGAGGUCUCCAGCCUGCACUGUGUCACUCCCUGGCAGAGUAUACUGCUGUCUGCCUUUCCCACAAGGCUACAGUUUAUGCAUGGAGGAGUCCUGGAUUCUGCUGUAAGUGUUAAUGUGCUCCCAGCUCUGUUGUGCCAGUGAAUUAAAUUAAUAUCCUCUACACUUGUAACUGUGCUGUUUGGAGUUCAGCAUCAUUGCACACCAAAUGAAAUAUGGAGAGUUUGCAGAUGCCUGUGCAAGCAUACAACACUUCAUCAUGUUUAGAUUGUUGAUGUCGAUCACGCAACAUGAGGAAAAGAAUAUGGAGAUUAUGUGCAUAAAAUCAGGUGUAUGCCUGUAAGUUCUUAAUGUUAAGUUGUUUUCCCUUGUUUGUUUUUUUCGAAAGUGUUUGUAUAAAGUAUAAGAUAGUGUGCUUUGACUCAUAGUAGUAUUGAGGCCACAACCUUCCAGGGGCUAUUGGACCACUAGAUGGUACUAAUGCAUCACUGGUCAACCCUAACCCUUUCCAACAUUUCCAUGUUUUCAUGGCCUUAAUGACUGAUGUGUCUCUGUAUCUCUACAUACUCGUCCUGUCCCUCCAGUAGCAGUUACAACAUGAGUUCUGCUUCUGUUCACCUCUGCCUCGGCUGGCAGAAUAACACAGUAGAGAUGCCUCGAAACAUCGGGGAGAACUGCAAGUUUAGUUCACAGUGGCAGCCUCUGUGUCUACGCAGAAAGCUGCGGCUGCUUUCACCAUGGAGAAAACCUCAAGGCAGGAGAGGAGGUGUCUAUGUGUGAGAAAAGCUGUUUAUGUCAUGCUGGGGGACACAUGACUUGCCGUAAUGUCUCCUGUGGAGUAGAGGAGUGUAAGCUUACUAGGGGAGUUCAAGGUCGCCACCCCAAACCCAAAGUGGCACACUGCUCUGUUGACGGAUCCCAAUACACCACGUUUGAUGGACAGGCAUUUGAAUUUCAUGGUUCAUGUAACUACACCUUGGUGCAGACGUGCCUCAAUAAACUGGAUUCGGUGUCACGGGGCAUGAUGGAGGACUCAAACGCAGACAGUCAGAUGCAGUGAGAAAGGGUUUUAAUGAUGAGUCACGAACAAAACAGGAAUCUUUACCGGAACACAGUGAGUGACUGACAGGUAGUGUGACAAGGGUGAAGUUAUGCAAAGACACACAGAACACACAGAACACACAAGGCAAAGCCUGAUCGUGACAUGCGGAGCCUGUUUUGAUAGCUGCACAGGGCAACCACAGUGAGGGCAGGCAGAUCUACUUGCAAGUCAAUAAAAUGCAUUUUAAGACGUCAACAGCUUUUCCUGGAAGACUUGAGGUAAUGAUUUCAUAGCCUUCAACAAGAUUUAUUAUUAAUCUCCUAGCAUGCACUGUAAAGGAAUUUUUCACAGCAUACACAAAC